GUUUCGUCUCGGGUCAGAUUUUUUCGGGUUUAUUUUAGUUUUGUUUGAAAAAUUAGUCAUCUCACGCAAGAUAAAUCUGUGGGAUGAGAUGAUUUUUUUUUUGUCAGAAGAGAAAAGAGCUUACGUGUGAAAGGAUAACAGUUUAAGUGAGGUAAGGUGCUCGUCGUCGACGUCGUUGUAGACAAAAGAAACUCGUCGUCACCGAAUGAACAUUUUUGAUUGAUAACAAACACGCUCGCCAUCGUACUGAUACAGUCUCGGGAGGAGUCAUUUGGGUGUGCUGACUGGAAUUGUAAUUGGAAGAAGCGCGGCAAUUUCGGCAGUUUAGUUUCAGCCGUGACAUUGACUGGGCUUGCACUCUGCGGUUGAUUUGCUGAGAUUCGAGAUUGUAUUGUCGAAAUGGGUCGGAUAGCGAGUCGAGUUGGUGGCGGCAUUCUGCUGGUUGCACUUUUCUUAUCAACUACCCUGAUAAACGCCGCGGACGAACUUCCUAAGGAUCUGAAAGACAUCGACAUCGACACGCUCAAGGCGCAGCUGCCGGAUGGGUUCCUGCCGCCCGAGUUCCAAAAUAUCUCUCUGCCCAGCAUCGAGGACAUCCAGAAGAUCGUCAAGGACAAGUGCUCAAAGAUCGCUGGAAAUGAGGAGGCGUACGAAAAGACCGAAGCUGCAAGCCAAAGGUUGGGCGACUGCAUGAAGGGUUUGAUCGACUUUGGUGACCUGCAGGAGGAGAUUCAGAAGGCGAAGCCUACCGGAGAUCUGGACACGGUGUUCAACAAAUAUUGCAAACGGCGUGCCGCUGCAAUCGAAUGCGUCGACACCUUCUCAGCCGACAUCGACGUUUGCUUGGAUGACGAGGAGCGGGAAAGCAAGCGAGUCUUCGUGAAUCUGGUUCAUGGCCUGCUGAACUUUGUGUGCCACAAGGAUGGUGACCAAAUCGCCUUGUUCAUCGCUGAGAAGGGCCCGGAAUGCUUCCAGGAGCAGAAACAGCCGCUGAUCGAUUGCUUCAACGGAACGCUGCGAGGCUACCUGGACGAAUCGACACCGAAACCAUCCGAAGGCAUCCCCAAGCUGGUGAUGGGACAGAAGCAGUGCGACGACAUGGACAACCUGCGGGCGUGUUUCGUGCGCGUGCUGGAAGACUGCCAGGAGUCGACGCCGGCCAACCUCGUUGAGUCCAUGUUUAAAUUUGUACGCAGGGAAACGCCUUGUGCCAACUUUACCGUCCCUGCCGAGACGAAAAAAGGACGGAGGAAUUCCAGCGACGCGCUGCAAUCGUCGGCGACGAUGAUUCUGCUGACCACGUGGCUGGUGGCGAUGGUGGCGAAACUUGUCGUCCAUUAGAGUAGGCGGCGACAGGAAAAGGAGCUUCCAUGAGCAUUUUUCGUUGCUGCUGAUUUACCGAUACCAUUUCAAGGGUGACUAGACGAAGAGGGAAUAUUUUUUGAAAUUGUGAUAAGCAGAUUUCCAAACAACGAAAUGUAUUCAGGGCAGAUUAGGGUAGAGAUAGGAGCUAAAAGGCUUUAUUUUGAACGGCGAGAUAUUGUGGAUGUAUACGAGAAAUUUUAAUGUUUACACUUUGGAAAAUAAAAGCAAACAAGAAUAAA